UUGGCCUGGCUUUUUUGCGAAAGAACAACCCGCGUACCGACGAGUAUCCAUCCGACCCUCCUCACUGUCAAUACUCGAGUAUUGGUGGGACAGUCAAUAGGUCAGAUCCUUCUUCUCCUGUUUGACCAAGUUGCGAGAUAUUCAAACAUGCCGGUCUACAACUUCAAGGGCAUGAAGCCCGUGCCGACGGCUCCGGAACUCGUCGACAUUGUCUUGAUGCGGACCCAGCGACGGACACCGACCGUCGUCCACCCAGGAUACAAGAUCACGCGGAUUCGGUCGUUUUAUAUGCGAAAGAUUAAGUUUACCCAACAAACCAUUUCAGAGCGAUUGAGUGGGAUGCUCACCGACUUUCCCCGCUUAAACGACAUUCAUCCGUUUUAUGCAGAUCUUUGCAACACUCUCUACGAUCGCGAUCACUACAAACUGGCCUUGGGACAGAUCAACACGGCUCGUUCGUUGGUGGAUUCCAUCGCCCGCGAUAUGAUUCGCAUGGUCAAGUACGGGGACUCGCUUUACCGGUGCAAAUGUCUGAAACGUGCCGCACUCGGUCGCAUGUGUACGGUCCUCAAACGCCAAAAAGCCUCCUUGGCGUACUUGGAAGAAGUUCGUAAGCAUCUCUCCCGUUUGCCCGCUCUCGAUCCCAACACGCGUACCCUGCUCAUGUGUGGACUUCCCAACGUGGGCAAGUCAUCCUUUAUGAACAAGAUCACCCGCGGCAACGUCGAUGUACAGCCCUACGCAUUUACGACCAAGAGCUUGUUCGUUGGACAUUGCGACUACAAGUAUCUGCGUUGGCAGGUGAUUGAUACUCCCGGCAUUCUGGAUCAUCCGUUGGAGGAACGGAAUACCAUUGAAAUGCAGGCCAUCAUUGCCCUCGCGCAUUUGACCUGCAGUGUGCUCUACUUUGUGGAUAUCUCGGAGCAGUGUGGGUACACGAUUGAUCAGCAGUGCUCGCUCUUCCGUUCGAUCAAACCCUUGUUUGCGAACAAGCAGCUCAUUGUGGUCGUCAACAAGGUCGAUCAGCAACCUUGGGAAUCGUUGGAAGAGGCCAAGCGUGCCAUGGUACAGGGUUUAGCGGACGACGCCAACUGCUCGCUCAUGACCAUGUCCAACUUAUCGGAACACGGUGUUUCCGAUGUCAAAGCCGCGGCUUGUGACAAAUUACUGGCGACUCGCGUGGACGCUCGCGUCUCGGGCAAGAAGAUUGAAGGCGUCAUGAAUCGUUUACAAGUCUUUAACCCGGCACCCCGUGACGGCGUAACACGCGGAGCGUUUAUCCCCGACUCUGAUGGUGUCACCGACGGCGAUGUCGACAUGGACGGUGGCAACAUCCGCAAGACCGCACGAGAACUCAUGUGGGAAGGUGGCGGACCCGGAGUAUGGGCUCCUGAUUAUCGCGACCAGUACGACUUGGCGGACGAUUCGUGGAAGUUUGACAAGAUCCCGGAGAUCAUUGACGGCAAGAACAUUGCCGAUUUUGUGGAUGCGGAUAUUUUGGACCGCCUUGAAGCUUUGGAACGGGAAGAAGAGCAGCUGGUGGCUGAAUCCGACGCCGCUCGCAUGGGUGAAGAGCCGGAAUCAGAUCUCGAAAGCGAGGAAGAAGCUGCGGUUGAAGCGAUUCGGGCCCGUAAGAAGAUUAUCAAAGAAAAGAAGCUGGCCACGAAUACCCAAAACAAACCGAUGCUUCCCCUAUCGAUCCGCGGAAAGAGCAAAGACAAGCACGAUGCCGGUACGCUACUAGCAACCGAGAUCAGAAAGACUAUGGACAGUAUCGGUGUGGAUUCGAGCAAGAUGCUAGAGCGUGGACGUUUGCUGGAACGUGGCAGAAAACGCGAACGCUCACUGAGUCGCAGUCGUCGUGGUGCAGAUGACGAAGAUGCGGCCAUGGAUGUGGAUGUGUCCGGCUUGAGCAAGGCCGCAUUGAAAAAGAUUAAAAAGGAAAAGGGAGAAAAGGCUCGUCGGGAUCUCAGCCAAGCUCGCAGUCAUUCUCGCCCUCGCGAACCUUCACAGAUGGGUUUGAAAGAUUCGGAGUCCGUCAAGUCGGCCCAAAAGCUGGACCGACUUGGACGCAAGGGAUGGAUGGGCGCUUCUGGAGAAGGCGAUACACGAAAGAGCGUACAUUUGGUGAAAUGGAUGAACACUGGCAAGAAACGCAACGGCACGCACUAUCAGCGAUAGACAUACGUGCCCAUGUUAUGUAAGGAUUUGUUGUUCCUAGUGCUGUAUUGGGUACAGUAUUUCGGUCGUCUAGGAUUGGAGCAAUCGCUGCUGCACGGUAUCUCUAGAUGUAACACAUUACACCCCUAGUGCAACUAUCUAUCGGA